AUGGACAUCUUAGGCGCACAUGCACUGGUCAAGCAGCUACUGUCAGAUCGACCGGAUAAAGCCCACGAUAUACUUGUCAGGUGCUGUGAGGAUGAGAGAGUUCGCCAGGAAAUCACAUCCUGUCUUUUACAGUCUAGACGCAGACAAUACGAGGCUUCCCCUCCUUCCAAUAGAUUCGACAUUGCACAAUCUGCGUCAACCUCUGUGCAUAGUCCGGAUCAUAUUGCGUCUCCUCUUCAACGCCAAACGCUGCCACGCCACCUAUCUUCAAACGCUCCGACGUAUCCCCUCAGCCCUGCGAGAACAGCAUCGUCCGUAACAUCGCAUUCAACCAGAGAUGAAAGCGGGUCGGGAGAGUAUAUAGUAGUUCCUGUCUUUGGUGGAGCAAGUAAGGGAGAUACGCCGAUUCGCAUGAAGACCGCCCCGAUCAAGUACAGCGUGAUUCGUGACGACGUCGUCGUAAAGCGAAAGCUGAACGUCGCUUACAGUCUGAGUCCGGCUGAAGAGCAAGAGAUCUAUGUACCUUGUCGCAUGACUGGUAAUCUACAGUUGGUAUCUGUCGAAUGGUGCAUUGAGCUGACAUGGCGCCGACCUGAUUCUGAAGCGACGCACAGCACCAUGUUCUAUGUGGUACCCAAAGACCGACUCGGACCAGAUAUGCUUCUUGGAUUCGAAGACUCUGGUGAGGAAAUUCAAGGUGUGUGUGCACGCUUCAGCUGGAAUGACGAUUAG